CUUUAGAUCCUGGAAUUCAGAGGCAUAAACAUAUCCUGGAAAAUUGCAAUGGCAAAUCUUCUGCCUAGAAAACUAUAUACCCGUAGUCCUCGGGAAUGAAGCUUUAAAUUCUGGUCUGAUAUUAUAGAAAACAUUCAUCAUGUAUCCUGGAAGAAGAGAAUAAAUGCUUAUGAUACAACAGUCUCUGUAAUCUACUGUUGCACUGCAUAAUAAUAAUAAUUGAUGUCUAAAGGUCAUUGAAAUAGUGUUUGGGUGGAACCAGUCCUACCCAUGAGGGGACCCUAACCAUAACUACUUAGAAGGCCUGCCUCUUAAUCCUACUUCUUUAUCAUUAUAUGGAAAUAGAAUCAAGUUUGAUGCUUGGCCUGAAUGAACAGAAUCUUUCUUCACACGGCAGUUUCUAAUAUAUCACAAGUGGUCAUAUCAAGUUAAAAUUCCAUUCAAAUUUCCAGUCAGAAUUUGCUAAUCGAUUGGGAUUGCAAAUAUGAAUAAUCUUUGAUACCAAGUUCACAUCAUUGAUUAGCAGCUGAAUCAUUCCAACAUAUAGUCAAAAUUUGCAGCUGACACAAAAUACGUCCAGCUUUUGGGAACAGGAACUCUGUCCAAAGUAUGCUUGUACCUGUCCAUAUUUUUCUAAAUAUGCACAUUCACAUUAUUCAAUAGAGCACUAAUGCUAACUUGCUUGGACCAUAUUUGCAAUUCUGAGAUGCUAAAAGUACUUUUACAAAAUAUAUAUGAGAUUUACUUCCCAUCAUCACUACCAUUUCCUAUAGCUCUUAAGAUGUCUUUUGCUAUGUUAGUUUGCCUUUAGUUUUUUGAGGGUACACAUGCAUACUUCAUAGCAUUGGGUUGUAGUCCCAUUUAAUGUGGCAGUUUUGAAAAUAAGCUUAACGCUGGUACUAUAUUUGUAAUAAAUCAGUUUACUUAUUUAGCUUUAUUAAAAAGUAACAAAAUAAUGGAACCUGGUGAUCACCAAAAAAGGGUUACCAGAUACACAGUGCUGCAUAAGGAGAAUAAAAUUUUGGGCUUACAUAAAACCCCAUUCAUAUUGUAUACAACUCAAUAUACCAUUGUUAAUUAUAGUGCGAUCUUUACACUUUAUUUGGAAAUGAUGGAUGACAGUAUUUUGACUUUAUUUUUCUAGUUCUUUGCUAACACAGUUCCUAGAAAUAAUGGCAAAGCUUUAUUUUGAUGAAAAAUACAUUUGUUUAUUAGCUUGUUCUGAACUGUAGGAAUAAAAUGGAUUAAAUGCUGAAACUUUUUUGGAACUUGUUAAAUUUUAUUUAUUUAGAUUUACUUAUCAAAUUUAGAAACUGACCAUUUCGCUCACAGAGCAAUUUUGUUAGGAGCACUUUUUUAUGCAAAAAUGAAGGGUGGGGUUUGAUUUUGUCCACCCAGGAGGAUUCCAGGCCCUCAUUUGUCACCUUUCCUUAUAUGUCUCAAGGCAAAAUUGCCUUGUCUUUAAGCAGACACUUGAUUGUUUUAACAGUAUUUUUAUAACAGUUCUCCCAUUUUUGUAUAUAGCAUAAUAAAGCCAGUAAUUUGCUAUCAAGAUUAUGGGAAUUGUAAUUCAAUACGUGUAAGAAAUAUUGGUCCCUGCUCCUGUGUAGCAUCAAGUCAAUCAUGGUUUAUACAUAGUGAAUGGAAUUGCAUGAAUCAAAUGAGCAAUACAGAUAAGCAUCAUGAAUGAAUUCAAUGCUUAACUAGCAACAGCCCUCAAUGCUUUCAGGUAAGUCUUUCCCAAUGCCAAUUUCAGCUGAAUUUUUAAUUUCACUUGAAAUUCUAAUAUAGCACAUACUUCUGUUUCUUGCAGUUCCCACUUCAUUAAUGAAUUUGGGUGAGGUACAAUGCCAUAAUAAACAUACUCAUGAUGUUCAAUUCCAAUAGAGCAUUAGGGGAAGGAGAUUUGAGAAAAUUACUGAAGAUUUAUCGCACAGAGAUUUCAAUGGCAGUGGAUGAUGUCUUCCCAUUACUUCAUGGACUUGCUGAUCAUGAAAUUGUCACUGAAGAGAUGUUCAAGGAUACUCUCCACCUGAAGGAAACCGAAGGUUGCCACAGGGCUUUUUAUACCAUGUUGACAUGGUUGCUAAAUCAGGAUUUAUCUUCUAUAGAAGAUUUCUGGAGAGUCCUUUUCAAAGAGUACAACUUGGAGAGGUAUUCCAAGCUUCAGUCCAUUUGGAGCAGCUUUCCUAAAGAUAUGGAUUUCGGCAAGCAUCGCAAAACAAAAAAAGUUGCCAUUAGUCCAAAGACUGUGACUCAGCACAAAUCCCAAGGAAAGAGAAAGAUAGAAGAAAAAGACCCUUUGCAAUUAACUCAGCCUUCAGGGAAAAUUGAUCCGCACUUUGGGCCCCUUCCUAAAACAAAAAUUGUGAAGAAAUCAGAAAAUGCUGAGGUACAACAAUACCCUCUUCCAAGUGGCAAUGCUAAGAAAUUUGUUAAAGUUGGGGAUGAAUGUUAUACAUCAAGCACACUGGAAGAACUUGGAGAAAAUAAAGCUUAUGAAAAGAAACCCAGCAUGAAUAACAAAGAACCCCAGAAGAACGAUGAUGAAUGUGCCAUCUGUAGGGAUGGUGGAGAGCUGAUCUGUUGUGAUGGAUGCCCUAAGGCCUUUCAUCUUGGUUGCCUUAUACCACCACUGACAGAAAUUCCAAGUGGGACAUGGAGGUGUGAUUCCUGCUCAUCUGGGAAAGCCAAAGAGGACAGGGGCACUGCAGAGGAGAAUAGAGAGUCCUUUACUCAAAGUCAGGGUGCUGUUUAUGUCCAGAGAACAAUUGAAGAUGGGAGGAGAGUUCUUAUCAAAGAACCUCUUUGUGCCUCCUUCAGGCAGCCCCUCCCAUCUUUGCUCUCUAUGUCCGUGGCAGCUCCAUCCACAGUACAGAACGCUGGAACAGAGAAACAACUGAAAUUAACCAUUGGUGACAAAUGCGGUAUAUGCCGCAAAGGAGGAGAUGUGAUCUACUGCAAUAAAUGUUUCAGGGCUUUCCACUGGCGCUGCCAUUUUCCUGCCCACACAGAUGAAAUCAGUGGAAUCCUGAUAUGUAAGUCCUGUUUUGACAACUCUACAGUUAUCAGCUUGGAAGGAGACUCUCACUCCAAUGCUCAAACACUACGAGCAGUAAAGGUGCUAGAAGAUUCUGCUGGAACUGAACCUGCAUUGAACAAAGAUGAUUUGGAUUCACUCUUAGGGGAGAAUACGUUUGAUGGGAUUUUGCAUUGGGCAUUCCAGAGCAUGCCUCGUUCAUUAUCAGGCACCCAAGGAUUUUUCUCAUAGUAGUCUUGGUGGCACUAUUUUUCAAUAUCUAGUUCCAUUGCUAUUGUUCAGUAACAUGAGAUAUAAUCUCAUUACAGUUCAACACUAUGUUCAAAAUAUGUUUUUUAUGUUUUAUAUAUUUUAAUGUCAUAUUUAUACCAAUAUGAUUGUUCCCUUAAAUGUGGUGAGUUUUAGUUGUCAGAAUGUACUGAUAGUGUUUAUUUAGUGUUUAUUUAGUAACUGUACAAUGAUGAUGAAAAACCAAUCUUUGCAUUUACAACCUUCAUGGGUCUGUAAAGCAAAAAAAAGAAAAGAAAAAACUGAAGUAACAUCAUAAGCAGCUGUAAUUUCAUUUACUGACAGCUUUGCUUAACCACAGAGUUCCAAUUGUGGUAAUUAAACUAGAACUUCAUGCUUAUUGUUAAUUCUGUAACUGAGCAGGUCAACAAAUUAUUUUUUCUAUUAAUCUCUUGUAACUGUUGGCAUGAUGGUAGUAUCAUAGUAAAACAUUCAGAAAAUCUGCAGGUGGUGGUGGUGUUCCCAGGGACUUAAUUUGCCUUCUGUGGAGAAAAGUUGGAUUCAGCUCAGGAAUUCCUAAUGACUAUUAGAGGCAUGGACCUGUUCCUGGUAUAAGGGGUCAACACAUUAUCACUUUAGAUGGGGUUUUUGUCUUGGGCCAGCCAAUUUGAUCUAUAACUUUGGGGCGUUAAUAUUAUGUUCUGCCAUGAUCAAAAGACUUGCAUAUUAUAAAGUGACUUCUAAAUUUCUGAAUGCCAUAACUUGAUAAGGAAGAUCUGGUGCCAUACCACUCAUGAAAUAAAUGUGCCUAUCUUACUGGUCUGCCCCAGGCAUCUAAUGGAGUUCCAGGGUGGUGGUUGAGGUUUCAGUAAUUUCAUCUACUACUUAGACAUGCAUUCAGGACUUUGGAACAGAUGGGCUGUAAUGUACCCUAAAAUUGCCAGUUUUUCUAGUACUGCUCCUAUGUCUAAUAUAAAGAAUUAAACAAAUUAAGCUUUUGCUUUCAUCUAUCUCUGUGCUUUAAAAUAAUAACCUCGUAUACACUCAAUUAAUAAAUCAUAGAAGGAAGUCCGGGAGCUUUUAUUAUUAUUUGUAUACAUCAUCUUGCUAUUGUUACAAAAUUUUGAAAAGUCAGUACACUAGGUUUGAUAAAUAGAGAGGGAAAUGGGCAGUUAUGAAAUAUGAAAUAUAAAUAAAUAAUCUUACUAUUCUGGGGAAAAAAAACACAUUAAUACAAAUUAUGUAGGUGUUUGUGCCAUGAGGUAUAUUUUCAGCAACAGUUGUAUUCUUAGUUUGAGUUGGUGCAAAUAGCAAUAGUGAACUGACAACUGAUAGUAAACUUUUUUAAAAAUAAGUUUUUUAUUUUUAUUUUUAAACAAACAAUUCAUUAAUCAAUCAGUGUAACAUCUGGGUACAAAAAAUUUUGUGUCAUCAUAUUCAACAUUUAUCAUCGUUUUCUUAGUACAUACUGGUAUUUAUCUUUCUUCUUACAUUUAAAUUUAAUAUAAUACAACGUAUUUUCCCCAGGUUUCUUAUUUUUACAUUGUCUAUUGUCUAUAUUCAAUCCAUUGAUAAAAUUGUCCCCAUACGUUGUAAUACUCAGAUUCUUCCUUCCCUCUGAUUGCUAAUGUUAAUCUACUCAUUUCUGCACAUUCUAAUAUUUUCUUAAUUAGCUCUCUCUUUGUAGGAAUUUUUAGUAAAUCUCAACUCUGUAAUCAAAUGGAAAUACAUCAAAGGUUUUGAGAUGCUCUGAAUAUUUUUUUCCAUUUCUGAAAAGUUGAAUGUAAAACUAUCAGUUUCAUUCUUUACCUUUUUAACUCUUGCACACAAUUUUCUAUGUUUGUGCAAAAUGCUGAAAUCCAGACAUCCCUGUCAUCAAAAUGUGAAAUAAUUUAUUUGUGCAGACUGGCAUUUUGUUUUCUAACAAUGAUAUUGACUAAGAUUGGAUACAAGGUUGAUUCAGGAAGUUAGUCCGCAAUAAUUAAAUUAUAAGGUUGGAAGAUUAAUAGAAUGUUCCUAGUUUAAACUAAUUUUACUGCCAUUAAUAAAUAAUAGCAGCUCUUUGAUAGUAAAAAAAAAGAAAAGCCAGUUAACUAGUCAGUGAAUGUAAAAUAUUCCUGAUUAAACAUAAAUAAAACAUAGAUAUAUAUAGCAGUUAUAUUUACAUAUAGUGCUUUCCUGUUUCUUUGCAAACUGUUGCAUUCAUUUAAUUGUAAAAAUAGAUACCCAUGAGGGUAUUUUAAGUUUUUCUGCUAAUAGCAUAUUUCGCACGAAGACCAGCUAGCUGGCGCGCAUGCACGUGACGGAACCCAGAAGUGCCACUGGUCACCGCGCGCAAACGUACCGGCCAGCUUCUCUCUUCCAGGUUCUGAUGCUCCUGCGUGCGCGCAUGUUCCAGUUUCAGCACUCGGUGCUGGAAAGUUAAAAGUUCUACGGUCACUUUGCAGGAAUAGUACUUGACCCAAGAUUGUAAUGGAACAAAAAAGGAUAAUUAUCACUUCUUGUAAAUUCAUGAGGGAGAGUCAAAAUUCUAAGUAAUGCAUAUUCUAACAAGAUGGAAACUUCUUCAUAGCUCUAACUAAUGGUUCCCUACUAUCCAACUCCUUCAGGAUUAUAGACUAAAAUAAUACUUUGUGCAAUCUGAAAUGAUGUCUAUAGAAAUUCUCAAUCAUCCAGGUCAUGCUUUUACAAAAGGCAACUGGACUUUCUUGCUUUUUCCUUAAAAUGUUUCCCCUUUCAUCCAAGAAGCUUUUUCAGUUCUAAUGAGAAGCAAAAUGUUUUCAGGGAAAAAAACCAAGAAAUUCAAGUGGCCUUUUGAAAAAGCACCUUUAGGAUAACCUGAAAUUAUGCUGAACCAGAUAAAUAUACUUUAAACUUGAAUUGCCUCUGAAUACAUUUCUUACUGGUAAGUAGCCUGUACUAGAUACUCAAAUAAUACAUAACCUUUCCAUACCAUCUUGCUCCAGUAGGCCAUUACCUACCAGCUGAAUAAUACAUCAGAGGCCUUGUAAGUUAUAGUGUUUACAUACCAGUACUUUUCAAUAGCAAAAGGUCUCUGAAUAAUUUAAGGAAAAAAAUUGAUAUAUCAGAACUAUAGGGUAUAACAAAUAGGGCUGCAAUGCCUAGGAAAAUAAAAUAAUAACUAGUAUUCAAAAUGCCAUAAUAUAUGAUCUCAUAUCAGUCUAUUUGAAGAGAAUAUUCUGGUGCUGAGGUACCACCACUUAAAAGCCUCUCCAAUUUAAAUUUUCUUCAUAAAUUACAAAAUGUUUAUAACGUUAGAGAUUUGUAGAGAGAAUAUAUUGCACCAGUAGGCACCUCCUUAAAUCAAAUAUUGCCAGGCAUGCCCAUAAAAAGAUGUAGAAAUAAGAAAUUGCUCAUACAUGUUACAUGAGCAACCACAUGUUUUUUAGAUAACCUUUAUCCUGUAAACUUGCAUUUUUAAAAACAGAUAAUACAAUAAUCCAGCAGAGGGCAACACCAGUUUUUCAAAUUUCAAAUUCAUGCACCAUGUAAAUCUAAAAACUUAAUGUUUCCUGUAAUGUUAUGUUCACUUGCUUCUGCUGGCAACAGAAAUUAUAGAUGAACUGAUAUAUUUCUAAGAAAAACAUCAGAACAAAGCCAGCUUGUAACAUCUUGUAUUUCAAUUUAAAAAUUAUAAUGCUAUUUCGCCACUGACAGCUCUGUUUACAUAUUACUUUGGUAUGUCUCAAUUUUUACUUCAGAAAACUUGAGCAACGUAAUCAAUUUUCACAUCAAAUAAUUGAUCAUUUGUAGACUCUGCCUCUUAUUUUAAUAUAGGUUAAAUUAUUAUGUUGGAUUUUUUUUUUUAGUCUGACUUGUACGAAUUCAAUCUUAUACACUAAAAAAGGGAGAAAUGACAAGAUCUGGAGUUAUUAGGUAUCCUUUCUUUCAUUUUAGCUGUUUCCUGGAUGUAGCUAUCAGCAAGGACACUGAAUAAUAAAGUUGCAAUCUCAAAUAACCAAUAGAUACUUUAGGGUUUUUCCAGAAAUACCAUGUAGACACAUAUGGCACUAAUAAAGUCACACCUCCAUAUACAUAAUUAUUUGCAAAAAAAACCCAUUUGUUUUCUUUUUGACAAUAAUAAUAAUAAUAAUGUUUUAAUUUGUAUACCGCCCUUCUCCCGAAGGACUCAGGACGGUGAACAGGCAGAUAAAAUACAAACAGAAACAUACACCAUAAUUAAAACAACCCUUAAAAAACUGAUUCAAAUUCGCCAAAUUUAAAUAACAUUAUACCCCAUAAAAAAUUACAGAAAGUUAAAACCCACAAUUAAAAAUUAAAAUUUAGAAUUUAAAAUCAGGCCAGUCCAGCCAUACGAAAUAAAUAGGUUUGAAGUUCGCGGCGAAAGGUCCUAAGGUCAGGUAGUUGUCGAAGCCCGAGGGGAAGCUCGUUCCACAGGGUAGGAGCCCCCACAGAGAAGGCCCUCCCCCUGGGGGCCGCCAGUCGACAUUGUUUGGCUGAUGGCACCCUGAGGAGUCCCUCUCUGUGGGAACGCACAGGACGCUGGGAGAUAGAGGCCGGCAGUAGACGGUCCCGUAAGUAGCCCGGUCCUAAGCCAUGGAGCGCUUUAAAGGUGGUAACCAAUACCUUGAAGCGCACCCGGAAAACAACAGAUAGCCAGUGCAGUCUGCGCAGGAUAGGUGUUAUAUGGGAGCUUCGAAUCGCUCCCUCAAUAACCCGCGCAGCCGCAUUCUGGACUUGCUGAAUUCUCCGGGUGCUCUUCAAGGGGAGCCCCAUGUAGAGAGCAUUGCAGUAGUCCAGACGAGAGGUAACGAGAGCAUGAGUGACUGUGCAUAGGGCAUCCCGGUCCAGGAAGGGACGCAACUGGCGGAUCAGGCGAACCUGGUAAAAAGCUCUCCUGGAGACGGUCGUCAAAUGAUCUUCAAAGGACAACCGACCAUCCAGGAGCACGCCCAAGUUGCGUACCUUCUCCAUCGGGGCCAACGACUCGCCCCGAUAGACAGCCGCAUCUGCAGCUGACUGUACCGAGGUGCCGGCAUCCACAGCCACUCCGUCUUGGAGGGAUUAAGUUUGAGCCUGUUCCUCCCCAUCCAGACCCGUACGGCUUCCAAACACCGGGACAGCACUUCGACAGCUUCGCUGGGGUGGCCCGGGGUGGAAAAGUACAGCUGAGUAUCAUCAGCGUACAGUUGGUAUCUCACCCCAAAGCCCCUGAUGAUCUCACCCAGCGGCUUCAUAUAGAUGUUGAACAGGAGGGGUGAGAGAAUCAAUCCCUGCGGCACCCCACACAUGAGGCACCUCGGAGUCGACCUCUGCCCCCCUGUCAACACCGUCUGUGUCCGGUCAGAGAGGUAGGAGGAGAACCACCAAUAAACGGUGCCUCCCACUCCCAACCCCUCCAACCGGCGCAGCAGGAUACCAUGGUCGAUGGUAUCAAAAGACGCUGAGAGGUCUAAUAGGACCAGGGCAGAGGAAUAACCUCUAUCCCUGGCCCUCCAGAGAUCAUCCACCAGCGCGACCAAAGCUGUCUCCGUACUGUGUCCGGGCCGAAAGCCGGACUGGAACGGGUCUAGAUAGACAGCUUCAUCCAGGUACUGGGGUAGCUGACAUGCCACCACACAAUGUAUAAAUCAUUCAUGGCAAGCAUUAAUAUUGUAAUACUUCUGAAAGAAACCAUUUUCUAACCAGCAUUUUAGAUUUUAAUUUUUCCUAGGCAGAUAAAUAAGGAUUCCCUGUAAUUUUCAGUAAUAUUUAAAAGAGUUUGUCUUUCAAAAUUUUGUAUUUUGAAAAAUAUUCUGUCCCAGUGGAAAUCAGGAAAGAUUUAGGCCCUUGCAGGAGAAACAGCUGCUGAGCCUUCAGGGGAAGAAUAGAGACACUCUAGAACAGGACACAGGAUUGUGAUUCUCUAAAGGGCAGAGAAAAUGCAGCUGUUGAUUGUUCACCUUUGAAACAAAUUAGAACAAAUGUGUGCUGACUAGGCCUAUCACCUUAUGAAAUGUGCUUCUAUAUGGAGAAAGGAUCAAAGAUGUAACAGAAUGAACUCUUGAGUCUUCUCAAGUCUUCUGAAAAUUACUUAUUUGUGUAAAUCCAUAUGGGGAUAAAUGAUACUUCAAUGAAUACCUAUAACUACCUAAAUACCAUAGCUUUUGGAGACUGAAGAAAGAACUCAAGACCCUUUAGGUUCUGAUAAUGUUGUUUUUAGUCAAUGGAAAUCAGUUGGAAAAAGAAAACAAAUGAUAUUGAAAAUGAAUGAUUGGUUAUAGCCAUAGCCAAUAUUUGUGCGAGAGAUUUGAACUCUAGAAUUAUGAUGUAAAUUACCUGGAUUAUGUCCUGCUGGCACAAAAUUGGUUGCACCUCCUAAGGGUUGCUAAAAUCAUAUAAAUUUUUACAACUUUUGUAGAAAUUAUGGAUGAAAAUUCUGAAAUAAUGACCCUGUAUUUUAAGUGAGAGUGUUUAUAUAACUAUAUAUAAACCUAUUAAAUCAUUCAUUGAAAAAUCAGGAAUAACAACCCAUGACUUUUGUUAUUUAUACAUUCUAAUGCCUAGAAUGUAUUUAUUUGGGAAAUAAAUAAAAUACUGUUGGGUUAAAUCUGUGAUAAAAAUGAAUGUUUUGCUACAAGUAUAUUUUUGUUUCAAAUAAUACCUGUUUUCACAACUGAUAUACUAUUCAAAUAAUGGCAAAACGAUAUACCUAAAUUUGUAUGGCAAGGAGAAAAAGCUACAAUUUAAAUAUAAAGUGUUACAGUAUGCAAAGGAAAGAGGACAGGGAUUUGAAAUUGUAUUUUGCAACUUGUCUGGAGGAAAGAAUGGUUGUUGCUGAGAACAAGAGUCAUUUAGAGUUAGAUGGUAAUUUGACAUGGAUAUUUAUAGUGUAAAAUAAUGUUAAAAUUAAUGUAGCUUUUAAAAACCAUUUUAUUAGAUAUGUCAUAUUGAGAAUAUGGAAUAAAUAUAAACCCAGAUUGUGUCUGAAAACACUUCUGUGGAUCUCAGAUUAAGAAGCAUUUCACAGAAGAGAAAAGUAGCCAAGGACAAAUGACUGACAUACUGGGAAUUAUUGGAAAAUCGAGAACUAAAUAAAGAAAGCAACUAGUAGGAAAAGGGCAUAGCUGUCAAUAGUUUCCCCAUUUACACUUAUCAAAAAUAUUCAAAAUGGAAAAAAAGACUUAUGGUAUGGAACAAAGUAAGAUAGAAUUUAAAGUACAAUUCUGCACUGAAAUGUGAAAUGUAUUAAGUUUUGUUAAAUUUUGAAACAGGAAGAAUAGGUUAAAAUAUGUGAUAAAGUGGGUUAAAAAUUUUGUUAUAUACAGAUGGAUCAGUGAAAAAUAUGUGGCUAAAAGGGUUGAAAUUUACAUUAUAUUAUGAUCUUAAAGAGAAUGUUUAUAAAAUUAUAUACUGUUGAUAAUGGACAUGAGAGAAAUUAUCUAGAAUGUAUAAAAGCACUUCAAAUGUAUGUUGGAAAUGUGAACAUGAAGGGAUGUUCAUAUUCAAGAACAAGUAAAAAAGCUAAAAAGUUAUGUGUUCAAAUAUAUAUAUUGAUUCAGAGGAUUUUAAAUAUUAAUAUUCAAUUGAAGCAAGAACUUUUCCUUUUAGGGUUGAUGGAUACACAGUUAGAAAAGAUACUGUGUUAUUUCAAUAUAUGACUACUUGUAUUGCAGCAAGAUUAUUAUAUGAAGGAAAAUGGAAUGAUUUUGCACUAUUGUACUCACUAUGGAGGGAUGUUUGGUGAAAUUGAUGGAUCUUGCUGAGAUAAAUAAACUGAUUUUGACUUCUUGGAUUAAAUGAAAGACAAAGUCUACAUUUAUUGGAGAUUAGAAAUCCUUUAUGGGCUUUUUGUGUAAAAAUGAAAAAAAACAACUUCUGAUUUAUGGUUUUGAUGAUUAGACAGGAUAAAUUAUGGAAAGAUGCAACUUUAGAGUUGCAUAAUGCAAACUUAGAGAGAUUGAAAUAUAAUUGUACAUGUGAAAGUAUUUUUCUCGUAUUUUUCUGUAAGACCUUGACUAUUGAAUUUUCCAUUUCUUUGCCAAUUGAUCUAUAAAA